AUGGCCAAGUUUCGAAAGACAAUCACGAUACACCCAGAUGGUCUUCGCGUGAUUACAAAGGAAAUACUCGAUAACAACAUGAAGGUUGUCAGGAAGGAAGUCCGAAGCUUGCGUCCAAUCAAGGGACAGGAUCAAAAAGACGAUGAUAGUGGCUACAAUAGCAAAGUCAGCUAUUAUAGCGAUGAAGAAAACAGUCAUCCUGGAUCAAUGGAAUCGUUCAGUGAUGCUGACAGUCAAGCUACACCCACGGAAGAUGAAAUCAUUCGAAUGAUCUCGGAGCUCUCGAACAUGGCAAUUCAAAUGGAAAAGCAAAAGAUUAAGGAAGAAAAGAAGAAGGGCAAGAGCAUGCCUGAGCCUGAAGAUGGGAAUGAACAACCGAGAACUCGAAGGUUGGGAGGAGAUGAUUCCACUCAAGCUACCCAAUACAGUAUGAGUACUAAUCGAGAUGGGGCUUCUACUCUUGUGGUGGAAGCCGUGACAGAUGACGAUAUUUUGCAAAUGAUGCAAGAAGUCAGUAUGCAAGCAACGGAGGAGAUUAAGAUGUCACAACGUCAAUUGGAUAUUGAGCCUCUCAGCGAUGAAGAAAAGAGCGUGCUUGAAGAGGAGAAGGAACACUCCAUGCUACCACCUGUGACUGAAGAUGUCAAGGUUGAGCAAGAAACUUCCUUGAAUCGUGGUGUGGGAGCUGUUGAAGCGAAAGAAGAUGCCAAGUUGCCAGUAAAGAAAGCAGAUCUAUCAGUGUUUUCAGAUUUGAAUACUGCUCUCAACAUGGCCGAUAAGGAGACCAAGGAGCGUGCUGUGUCUGUGGAAGAACAAUCGCAUGGAUCUCAUCUUCCUGCAGCAUCUGUGAGUUCGAGGGGAUCCAGUCCACCACCCGGAUCGGAUGCAUCGAGAUCAAGAUCACGAUCUGGUUCGUAUUCGAGAUCAAGAUCGGGCUCGUAUUCCAAAUCGAGAUCAAGAUCUGGGUCGUACGAUUCCAGAUCCAGAUCGAAAUCUGCUGAUUUGGAUUCCAGAUCGCCUUCUGCCUACAGUGGUGUAUCCACCGGUGUAUCUCAAUCAAGGUCUGCGUCCGUUGCUUCCGGAUCCAGAUCCAGAUCCAGAUCAUAUUCGAGAUCCAGGUCUCAUUCUUCGAGAUCGAGAUCUGCAUCGGGAUCAAAAUCAAAAUCACAUUCUUCCAGAUCGAGAUCAAGGUCAAGAUCGUAUGAUUCGAGAUCAAAAUCGAGAUCUUAUUCUCCUAGGUCGAGAUCAAGAUCAUAUGAUUCCGGAUCGAGAUCUGCUGGAUCAAGUCCGCCACCUGGUACCGAUCGAUCGCCCACACCAGAAUCAGUUGUCAAAGUUGAGCAAACUGCUGCUGCCAAGGAGGCUGGAGCUGUUACGGAAUCAACACCUGCAGUCACAACCAGCGAACCACAAGAAGCGGUAGCCGAGAAGACUCCCGAACCUCCGGCCGACGUCACACCCGACAUGUCUGCGGCAGAAAGAAGUCGAGCUAUUGCUGCAAUUUUGAACGAUCCAUCGCUGGAUGCAGCAGAGAGGCAGGACAAGAUCAAGUCACUUCGACCUCAAACAAAGGUGGUGAAGGCGGCACCAACUUCCCAAGGCCAGAACGAAGACCCAGAAGCUGCUGCUAGACGAAAAGCAAUCCAAGCGGUACAUAGCAACACUGCUUUGACACCUCAAGAGAAGCAUAAGCGGAUUCAAGAUCUUCUUCAUGGUGCAUCGAUUCCUGAUGAAGAUACUGUGCCUGCCACAGCGGAUGAUGGACCGACCUCGCAACCUGCUAAACCAAAGCUGCAGCCACCAUCACCUACGAUGCCGUCCACUAAUCCUCCGAAAGGUUUUGGGGAUGCGGCUGCUGCACAGCCAGUGCCUGCUGUCCGUCCUUCCAUUGUGGAAAUCAAGAAGGAGCCAUCUGCAACAUCUGUGAUUACAGGAGAUUCAGGCCUCGAACGAAUCAUUCGGUCCGAGACAAGAGAAGCUGAACGAACUGCACGAAAUUCUGCUAUUCAAGAGAUCUACAAGGACGAUGGAUUGGAUGCUAAGCAAAAGCAAGAAAAGAUUCGUCAGGUUCUUGAAGGGAAGAUCGAUUUGGAAGAGAAGGAGAAGAAGGGAGAAGAAAAGGAGAAGAAGGGAGAAGAAAAGAAGGAUGUUCCAUCGCCGCCAAAGGAGCAAGCGUCUGACGAUCGCCCUCCUGCUGAUCCUACAAGUCCCAGAAGUAUGAGUUCUGCCGCGUCAUCAGGGCGUCGUGUCUCCAUUGCAGAUGUCGGAAAGGAGCCCUCCAUGGGACCUGAAGUACUUGUGUCCGGUGACAGUUCUAAGGAUAUUUGGCAGUCUUCCAAGCAACCCUCUUUCAGAAUCAAACCAAAACCAAUUACAGAACCGCGUCCAACACUUGUCCAGGUUGGAAAGAACUUGUCCACUCAAUCGGCCAUCACUAUCACUUCGGAUGAAGAUGAUCCUUCCAAGGAUGGCGAAACUGUUUCUGCUACUGCUGGAUCAGCUGCUACUGGUUCGGCUGCUACUGGUUCGGCUGCUGCUGCUGGUUCGGCCGUUCCUGCCGCAGCUGCUGGAAUUGAGACAAUUGCAAGUGGUGUCGAAAAGGUAGAGGAAGAACGAAGUGAAGACUUUUCGAUCGACGAAGCUCCUAAGAUUCCAACACCUAGGCUAGAGAAGAGCAAGAGGAAGAAUCUACCACAACCUAUCAUCAGAGAAUUGGCGGAGGAUGAGGCUACCGAUGUUUAUAUCAUGCCGGAUGAGGAUGCAGAAGACCUAAGAAAGUCGAUUGUGCCUACAAAUGAAGCUAUGUUGGGAUUUGCCCCACCAUCCCCUGCUGGUCCACGAAACAAAAGCGAAGAAGAGAAGCGUUCGGAAAGCGAUUUGGAGGACGAGCAGAGAGACAGGAAGAGAGGCAAGAACAGAUCUGGCUCGUUUGAAAGCAGAUCUCCCGACAUUCCAACCGCAAUGGAUGACUCGUAUCGCAGUCCAAGUGGUAGUCGUUCUUACUAUUCGGGGGAUAGCAGGUCUUACCGCAGUGGCUCUCGCUCUUACUAUUCGGAUGAUCGGAGCAGGUCACGGAGCUACACACCUGACAGCAGAUCUUACCGAAGUGGCAGUCGCUCGCGCAGCUACACUCCAGAUAGCCGAAGUCGAUCACGCAGCUACACGCCUGACAGCAGGUCGAAAAGUCCGUAUUCCAAUGCUGACGAUAAAAGUCGCUCGCGAUCGUACUCCUCUCGAAGCCGAACAAGUCAUGCAUCUGACUCGAGAAGUCGAUAUUCGGAUGGACGGAGCAAGACACCUGAAAGCAGGUCCAGAAGUCCUCAUUCCAAUACUGAUGACAGAAGCAGGUCGCGUUCUUAUACUCCAGACAGCCGAAGCAAGAGUCCAAGGGAUGAUGAUCGAAGCGUAUCUCGCAGCUACACACCUGACAGCAGGUCCAAAAGUCCGUAUUCCAAUUCUGAUGACAGAAGCGGGUCGCGUUCUUAUACUCCAGACAGCCGAAGCAAGAGCCCUACUGCUGAUGGAGCAAGUGGAUCACGUUCCAAGACGCCAGAUAGCCGGAGCAAAAGUCCCAGUGUUGAUGAUGCGAGCAUUCAAUCAGAUGUCGGGAGCAUCAAGGGCAUGGCUUCGAACGUUGAUGAUGAAAGCCAGCCAAUCGAAAACAAGGGUUCUGUUGUGGACGAUGCCCCCAAGCCUGCCGUGGAAGAAGCAAACAAGAAUGAAGAAACCGAAUUCAAGGGCCCUGUUGUGGACGAUGUCCCUAAAAAACCUGCUAUGGAGGAAGAAAGCAAGAUUGAAGAAAUCGAUGUCAAGGGCCCUGUUGUGGACGAUGCUCCACAGCCUGCUGUUAUUGAAGCACACAAGUCAGAAGAAACCGAAACCAAGGGCCCUAUUGUUGAGGAUGCCCCACCAACCACUGUCCAUGAUGUCAGGAAAGCAGAAGAAAGUGAAACCAAGGAAUUCGAAAUCGAAAGCAAGGGAUUCAUUGUUGAAGCCCCACAGCCUGCUGUUGGUGAAGCAAACAAGCCAGAAAAAAUCGAAAUCAAGGGCUCAGUUGUUGAUGAUGCCCAAGCACCCACUGUCAAUGAUGGCAGCAAGUUGGAAGAAAUGGAAAGCAAAGGAUCCACUGUUGAUGAAUCCCCAUCUCCUGCUGUUGAUGAAGCAAAUAGGACAAAAGAAAGCGAAAUCAAGGGCCCAGUUGUUGUGGAUGCCCAGCCACCUGCAGCCGAAGAAAUCGAAAUCAAGAGCGAACCACUCAUUGUUGAUGAUACAUCUAAGGAAGAAGAGCGAACCAGCGGGGUCCCUAUUGCUGAUGACACAAGCAAGAAAUCCGAUGUUGGAAGUAUCAAGAGUCAGGGUUCCAAUCUGGAUGAUGCAAGUCAGAGGUCACGAUCGUACUCGUCUCGAAGCAAAGCAAGUCAUGCAUCCGACUCGAGAAGUCGAUAUUCUGAUGGACGGAGCAAGAGUGGUCAUGGAUCAAGAAGUCCUUCACGUUCUCGAAGCUACACACCGGAUUCAAGAAAUUAUCAUUCUGAUGGACAAACUAAGAGUCAAGGAUCAGGUUCUCGCUCCCGUUCCCGAAGUUACACACCGGAUUCAAGAAGUCAUCAUUCUGAUGGACAAGCAGAGAGUCAAGGAUCAGGCUCUCGCUCCCGUUCUCGAAGCUACACACCGGAUUCAAGAAGUCAUUAUUCGGAUGGACAAACCAAGAGUCAAGGAUCACGAAGUCCUUCCCGUUCCCGAAGCAACACAUCAGACUCGAAAAGUCGGUAUUCGGAUGGACAAACCAAGAGUCAAGGAUCAGGUUCUCGCUCUCGCUCUCGAAGCUACACACCAGACUCUAGAAGUCGCCAUUCGGAUGGACAAACCAAAAGCUUUGGAUCAGGUUCUCGAUCCCGUUCCCGUUCUCCACGUUCCUACUCUUCGCGCAGUCGAAGUUAUACACCCGAUUCCCGCAGCCGAUAUUCGGAUGGCCAGACCAAGAGUUACGGCUCAGGAUCUCGAUCUGGUUCCCCACGAUCUUAUUCAUCACGAAGUCGAUCUUAUUCUUCAAGAAGCCGUUCCUAUGACAGUCGAUCAUACUCUGACCGAAGCAGAAGUCGAAGUAACUAUAGUGGUGAACAGGCACUGGAGCAUACUGAGCCAGCUCCUUUGUUUGAAGAAACCAAGGAUGAACCUGCUACGAUUGCAGAUGCACCUGCAACCGCUGCUCCUGCUGGAAAGAAGAAGAAAAAGUUCGGUUUUUUCAAGUUUGGAAAGAAGAAGUAG